UGCAUUUCCACAUCAGCUCAUCUGCCUGAACAAACUUAUAACUUACGGGGAGCUGGCAUUCUUCGUACUUUUCUUAUCUUACUUACUAUUAGUAUGCUCCAACAGGUGGUGGCUGUCUACUGAUACACCAAGUUCUUUUCUGCGGUAAAAGUAAUCUGUAUCAACAUGGACCACUCAAGUCAGAAGAAUAAAUCAGCCACCAAGAAAAAAAUAGCUGUAGUAGGAGGUGGCUUGGUUGGUGGCUUAAAUGCAUGCUUCUUGGCAAAAAGAGGAUUUGAGGUUGCAGUUUAUGAAUCUCGAGAAGAUAUUCGCUCUGCCGAAACCGUUAAGGGAAGAAGUAUAAAUCUAGCCCUCUCCUAUAGAGGACGCCAAGCUUUAAAACAUGUUGGAAUGGAAGACAAGAUUGUUUCCGAAGGUAUUCCAAUGCGUGCUCGUAUGAUCCACAACAUGAAUGGAAAACGUUCUCCUAUACCAUAUGGAAAGAAAGGUCAGUACAUCCUUUCUGUCAGCAGAGCCAACCUCAAUAAGGAGCUGCUAAUAGCGGCUGAAGCAUAUCCAAACACACAACUGAACUUUAACCACAAACUGCUUGACUGGAGUCCAGAAACCGGGACCAUGACCUUUCUUGGCCCUGACGGUACUGAAAAGGAGGUCCAGGCAGAUCUCAUAGUGGGCUGCGAUGGUGCCUUCUCCGCCACGAGGAAACAGUUUUUACGGCGCAAUCGCUUUGAUUACAGCCAGACCUACAUUCCACAUGGAUACCUUGAGCUCACUAUGCCUCCAAAAAAUGGUGAUUUUGCAAUGGAACCCAAUUUUCUUCAUAUCUGGCCCAGGAACACAUUUAUGAUGAUUGCUCUCCCAAACAUGGACAAGACCUUUACCUGCACACUCUUCAUGCCAUUUGAGAAAUAUGACACGAUUACCACGGGCGAUGAGCUAAUGAACUUCUUUCAGAAAUAUUUCCCAGAUUCCAUCGCACUCUUCGGAGCUGAUGCUCUAAAGAGGGACUAUUUCCGACUGCCUCCUCAGGCCUUGGUAUCAGUAAAGUGCUCUCCUUACCAUUUGGAUAAUAAAUGUGUCUUAAUGGGGGAUGCCGCUCAUGCUGUGGUGCCAUUUUAUGGCCAGGGCAUGAAUGCAGGCUUUGAGGACUGUCUUGUUUUUGAUGAACUUCUGGAUCAGUUUAAUGAAGACAUUUCUGCUGUUCUCCCGGAGUACUCACGGGUCCGUGUACCUGAUGACCAAGCCAUAGCUGAUUUGGCAAUGUACAACUAUAUAGAGAUGCGAGCACAUGUGAAUUCCAAGUACUUUCUGUUCCGUAAAUAUCUGGACAACGCACUCCAUUUCAUCAUGCCGAGGACAAUAAUCCCAUUGUACACAAUGGUGACCUUCACCCGAACCCGCUAUCAUGAAGCAGUGAUCCGUUGGCAGUGGCAGAACAAGGUAAUCACUCGGGGCCUGGUGCUUUUUGGGACGGGGUCUGCAUUGGGAGUGACUUAUCUGCUAAUCAGAUACAUUCCCAAAAAGCCAAGCAUUACUGUGGAGCAGCUGUGGAGCCGAUUUGUUAACCACAACUGGUUUCAUAAAGUAAGCUUCCAUAAAUGGAUGUAGAAGAUAUUUCAGGAUGCCCUAGUCAUUCUCAACACAUUUUUUGGUCAUCCCAGUUACAGUGAAUGCUUUCAAAUGCUGUGACAACCUUAACCUCAUUAAAGUUGACUUGAAGCAAUUCACUGGUGCUAAGCCUGUGAUUAAAGUCAAGAGGGCCAGCUUGGGUUUAAUUUGACUAAGGAAAAGUUAUUCUAAUUACAAAAGGUAAUUAUAAAUCAUUAUUAAACAUAAUUAAAGAAAUAAAGGCAUAAUGUUUAAACCUCACAUCUUCAGAACGUAAAAAAGAUUAAAGUUCUUAUUCUAAGGUAAAAUUCAUAUUACAGACCUGCUCAAUGUCAUUGUAAAAUUACUUGCAAUUACUCAUGCAUUGCUCAGGUUCUAGAGCAAUGCUUGAGUAAUAUGCCUGAUCAGUUAGACUAUAUUGCCAAUAUCAUUCACUCGUCUGUUUUGACAUGCAUUUGAACUUGGGAAACAUCGAAUUCUUAAUCCAUAGAGUUUCAGUCAAGUUCCUUUACACCAAACUCGCUUAUCCAUGUCAUUAUGGAUCUUGUUUUGUGCACUGGUGCGCAGUCAUGUUGCAACUGGUGUGGGGUUGUUUUUUAGUCAUUGGGCUCGGCCCCUUAGUUCCAAUGAAAGGAACUCUUAAUGCUUUAGCAUACCAAGACAUUUUGGACAAUUUCAUACUCCUGUUGCACCAGUACACAACAUCAUAUUAAAUCCUAUAGAGUAAUAAUUGGAUGUUACUCAAGUUCAAAUGCAUUUGAAGGCAGAUGAGCGAAUAUUUUUGUCAAUAUAGUAUAUACACUGGAAUUUAAUUAAGGAAUUACUUUUUGCAUAAAAGUCAUGCCAAUUAAAAUAUAUUUUAAAGGUUACACUAUCCAUUUCAAUCUAAACAACAGAUUCUAUCAUUUUCAUCAAUUUAUUAUAGUAUUUCUGUUGUUUUUCACUGUCUGAAAUACAUUUUACAGAAUUUAGUAGGUGCCCUUAUCCAAAAUGACUUUCAGGAGUGAGACUGUUAUAUGUUAAAUGAACAAUACAUUUCCUAAUGCCCAAAUAGUUUAUAUAUAUGUUUGCUGCAUACUGUAUGAUCUGUAUUGUAUUCCCCUCAUGGACUAAAAAUGAAACACCUUAACA